AUGUCCCCUUAUCAGUUAGUCUUCGGAAAAGCAUGUCACUUACCAGUAGAAAUUGAGCAUAAGGCCUAUUGGGCAGUUCGAGAAUGCAAUAUGAACAUGGAUAAAGCUGGAAUGUCAAGGGUACUGCAAUUGCAAGAAUUAGAGGAGUUGCGAUUAGAUGCCUAUAAGAAUUCGAGAAUUUAUAAAGAGAAGUCCAAAUUACUCCACCACAAUAUUCUUAUUAGGAAACAAUUUAAGAUUGGUCAAAAAGUAUUGUUAUAUAAUUCUCGAUUGAAGCUUAUGCUUGGUAAGUUUUGUUCUCGAUGGCUCGGUCCAUUUGCUGUUACUAAUGUGUUCCCCUAUGGUGCAGUGGAAAUUAAAAGCUUGGAUUUGAACAAAAUCUUCAAAGUAAAUGGUCAUAGAUUGAAAAUCUUCCAAGAGGGCGAAUUGUUCCAUGUCUUGAUAAUUUUCCCCUGGAUUACUCCACUUAUCUGGAUGACUGAAACGUCUCCUUACUCCGUCGAGCAAAAUGACGUUAAACGGAUUGCGCUAUUGUGA